AUUGGAAUUUCAUCUCAUUUCUUCCACUCCUUCCCCAAGAGAAAGAGUUUCCUGUCAUUAUUCUGCAAAACAUUCUCAUUACUUCCCUUCCAGCAAUCCUACAUGGUCCAGAGCACAAAAUCAACUCAGACUGAAUAUCAUUACACCUGUUUAAUCUAAUGCACUUCAACACAAAAGCCCUGCAACAACUUAAAGUACAACCUAUGUGAAGAUGAAGAAAGUAUGCCAUCAAAACAGUAUCAUAAGUUGAAAAAAAGUUAGUUUUUAUUGCUGAGCUGUUGUACUGGAUUGCAUUAAAUUCUACAUACAUUCAUGAUAUUACGUCCACUUUUCAGUAUAUGAUCGUUUUCCUCUACUACUUGAAAAGAGCUUUGAUGUUGUGUUCAACAUCACAAGAUUACAGCACAGGAAUGCAUGUCAAUAAACAAAGAAAUGCACACCAUGACUGCAUUCUCACCAUCACAAGACUGGGGAUAAGAUAAAUGAUCAGUUACAAUACAUUUUCAUUAAAAUAAACUGUUUAUUGUUUAGAGAUAGACUCUUCUAAAUCUUAGUUGAGCAUACAAGAGACAGGUAUUUCACAGGUACAUGGCCAACUCUAUUUGUCUGAGCAGCAUUAAAGGGAAUCCCUGCAGUUUGAGGCCAAACAGGUCAGAUCUCAACUCACUUCCCCCAAUAGGAAGCAGGAUUUCCUCCUGUCCUCUCUUUCUACUGACUUGUAUCAUCAUUGCACUCCUCACCCGAAGCUUCUCAGACCUUCUGGGGGCUACUAUCUCACAAAACCUGCACAUCAGCAAACCUCAUUUAAACCUCAUUCAUUCGGGCACAGUCAUUAUGAAAAUGGCACAUUCUUCUGAUUCCUGAAACAUACUUAAAGUCAAACUUGAAUCAUCUUGAUGAUUGGCAUCUGCUCUCUAGGUUCAUUAUCCAGGUACAGAUUUAGCACAGACACUGAAGGGCUAUUUAUAACAGUAACAAAAAUAAAGCCUGCUGAUCAAACACGUACAUAAACUGUUUGCCAAAAUUCAUCAUCCAGUUCUUUCUUGUCUUUAAUUUAUUAAAAAUAGAUUUGUCAUCCUACCAGGAUUACCUUUCACAAUUUCACUCUAUUAGUUUUUUUCAAGCUGUCAUUGGUGACUUUCAGCUAUAGCUUAAUAGUUAGAUAACUUGCUUCCCACCUCCUGCUUUCCUCUCUUUCACUGAAAUCGCUGUGGUUUGACCAACCGUAACUAUACCAUGUGACAGGAUAUCCAUCAGUGUGAUUUAGGGAGGAAAGCACCAUGUCUCUGUGUCAUUGUUGCUCUAUGUUACACACCUUAGCACACACCAGACUCACUCUCUUAUGACUGGACAACUCUCUAACAGCCUCAUCCUCCGCUGAGUGCAAGCACACCAAGGAUAAUGUUACCCUGUUUAAAUUUUGCUGUGAUCCUCUGUCUCCUGCAAGUUCUCUGCAUUACUGCUGAUAUAGACAGUGGCUCCUUUCUGAUCUUCAAUGAGAACCACAACAAGUGCGUAAGGGCGGAGAGUGCCACCUCAAUAACGGUGGCCCCUUGUGAUCCUCACUCCAAACAGCAGCAGUUUCGCUGGGCCUCACAGUCGCGCCUCCUCAGUCUGUCGCUCAAUCUCUGUCUAGGGGCCACAGAGAUAAAAGACUGGGUGAAGGUGCUCCUCUUCGACUGUGACGAGACCAGUGAACUCCAGCACUGGCAGUGUAAGAAUGACACUCUCUUUGGCCUGAAAGACCAGGACCUCCACUUCAACUGGGGCAACCGCAAUGAGAGGAACAUUAUGAUUUACAAGGGCUCAGGGCUCUGGAGCCGCUGGAGGAUAUUUGGCACUAAGACCGACAUUUGUUCAAAAGGGUAUCAAGAGGUUUUCACAAUAGGGGGAAAUGCAUUUGGAACCCCGUGUCAGUUCCCAUUUAAGUUUAUGGAGAAGUGGUACUCUGAGUGCACAAAGGACGGUCGCUCAGACGGACAGCUGUGGUGUGCCACGGAGACAGAUUACAAUAAAGAUAAGAAGUGGGGCUUUUGUCCCACCAAAGGAACCUCAGGCUGGGACACCGACCCAGUCACAGGGGUUCAGUAUCAGAGGAACGCACAGUCAAUAUUAACCUGGUAUCAGGCCAGAAAGAGCUGCCAGCAGCAGGGAGCAGACCUCCUCAGCAUUGUCGAGCUCCAUGAGCAGUCGUACAUUUCAGGAUUGACCAACACUUUGGGAACAUCUCUGUGGAUUGGACUAAACAGCUUGGAUUUUGAGAGUGGAUGGCAGUGGAGCAAUGGAAACCCAUUCAGAUAUUUAAACUGGGCCCCAGGCCAUCCCUCUUCAGAGCCUGGGCUUAAUUGUGCAACCAUAAAUGCUGCAAAAGCCUCAAAAUGGGAGAGUAGCGCCUGCACCAAGAAACUUGGUUACAUAUGUCGCAAAGGAAACUCUACCAGUCUCCCCCCACCACCAACCCAAGACCAGCCUAGUUUCUGCCCCAGUCACUGGGUUCCUUAUGCUGGUCACUGUUACUACCUGGAGAGGAAUAAAAAGAUGUGGAGCGAUGCAUUGGCUGCCUGCCACAAAGAAGGAGGAGAUUUGGCCAGCAUACAAAAUAUAGAAGAGCAGAGCUUCAUCAUAUCUCAAUCUGGAUACUUGCCGACAGAUGUGCUCUGGAUUGGCUUGAACGAUCAGAGGAACCAGAUGCUGUUUGAAUGGUCUGAUCGCUCCCACGUUACCUUCACCCAGUGGGAGACUGGUGAGCCAUCUCAUGCCACUAACCUCCAAGAGGACUGUGUCCUCAUCAGAGGAAAGAAUGGGAAGUGGGCAGAUCACAUGUGUGAAAAGACAUAUGGAUACAUCUGCAAGAAGAAGGCCUCUACUAAACCAGCUGAAGGCACCCAUGAGGAAGCCAACCCUGGAUGCAAGCUUGGCUCAUUCAGGUUCGGUUCACAUUGUUACAACAUUGGAGCUGAGACAAAAACUUUCGAUGACGCAAAGCAGGCAUGCUCACAGGCCGGUGCUUACCUUGUGGAUGUGGCUGACAGAUAUGAAAAUGCCUUCUUGGUCAGUUUGGUGGGUUUGAGACCAGAAAAGUAUUUCUGGACAGGUUUGUCCAACACAGAAGAUAAACACACUUUUGAGUGGACCACCGGGAGAAAGGUCACAUUUACUCAUUUCAAUGUGGGCAUGCCAGACAGAAAACAAGGAUGCGUUGCCAUGACCACAGGGAUUUUUGCUGGAUUAUGGGAUGUUGUCAGCUGCAGCAACAAGGAGAAAUAUAUCUGCAAGAAGCUGGCAGAGGAUGUACAGACGACAACAAUUCCCCCCACCACCCCGGUCCAGAGCUGUGCCUCUGGGUGGACCCCUGCUGCCAAAAGGAAUGUCUGCUACAAACUUUACAGAAAGAAGGACCAAAAGAGGACUUGGCAAGAAGCGCAGGACUUCUGCAAGGCCAUUGGUGGUAACUUGAUGAGCAUACACAGUUCGCAGGACCUGAGCAAUGCUCCGUUUCAUACCUCUAAUCCAGUCUGGAUUGGCCUCAGUUCCCUGGGUACCAAUGAAGGUUUUACCUGGACUGAUGGGUCGCCUUUUGGCUAUGAGAACUGGGGCUAUGGGGAACCGAACAACCACAAUAACAACGAACAUUGUGCAGAAAUCCAGUUUUAUUAUGGACGGCACUGGAACGAUCGGCACUGUGAGUCCUAUAAUGACUGGAUCUGCCAGAUACACAAAGGUGCGACUCCCAACCCUGAGCCGGCUGUAGUUGUAACAGUAUACAACACCACAGAAGAUGGCUGGAUAAUAUACAAUGACACACAGUAUUUCAUCAAUCUUGACAACCUAGCUAUGGACGCUGCCAGAACAUUCUGCAAAAAAAACUUUGGUGAACUUGCGGUCAUCACAGGGGAGAGUGAGAGGAAGUUCCUUUGGAAACAGAUAUCAAAAGGCUCAGAAGGACAGUACUACAUUGGCUUGACAGUGGAUUUGGAUAAGACAUUUAGCUGGGUGGAUGGCACCCCUGUAACUUACACUGCAUGGGAACGGAACGAGCCCAACUUUGCUAACAAUGAUGAAAACUGUGUGACUAUAUACAAGGGCAUGGGUUACUGGAAUGAUAUUAAUUGUGGUAUCGAGCUACCAUCUAUCUGCAAAAGAAGCAGUAGUUUUGUCAAUACAACAAUGGCCCCCACCACUGUUCCCAAGGGAGGAUGUGCCCCAGAAUGGGUAUCUUUCCAAGGAAAGUGCUACAAAUUCAUCGUGGGGAAUGACAAAGCGACUUGGCAGAAUGCCAGGGCGUCCUGCAAAAACCAGGGAGGAAAUCUGGUUUCUGUCGUCAGUGAGAGCGAGCAAGCAUUCCUAACAACACAGAUGCAGAGAUACAAUGAGGAUUUGUGGAUUGGCAUGAAUGAUGUCAACUGGGAGAUGCACUUUGUGUGGACGGACGGCAAAGGCGUCUCAUACACCAACUGGGCCAAAGGGCAUCCAACAACAGUGCCUGAUGGGCGCUAUUCAUUUAUGGAUGAGGUUUAUGACUGUGUAAUUAUGGUGGGCGGGACCUCCAAACUAACAGGAUCGUGGAAGGUGGAAGACUGUCACUCAAAAUGUGGCUUCAUCUGUAAAAGAAACGUUGAUUCUCAGAUUGUAGUCCCACCCACCACUGUGUCACCAAAAGCGUUCUACCAGCUCGGCAAUGACUCCUACAAACUGGUGGCCCAGAAGAUGAGAUGGGAUGAGGCGAGGAGGCAGUGCCAGGCAGACGAUGCAGAUCUGGCCAGUAUCCUGAACCCCGUCACCCAUGCAUACAUCACCUUGCAGAUUGCCAAGCACAAUGAGCCUUUGUGGAUUGGCCUCAACAGCAAUGUGACUGGCGGGCGGUACAAGUGGGUCGAUAAUUGGCUUCUGUCUUUUACCAAAUGGGGCACAGAUGAACCUAAACAUAACUAUGGCUGUGUGUAUAUGGAUGUGGACAGAACAUGGAAGACUGCACCGUGUACCAACAGCUACUACUCCCUUUGCAAGAGGUCACCAGACAUAGCUCCCACUGAGCCCCCACAGCUCCCUGGAAACUGUCCAGAACCAAAGAAGAGAAGAACCUGGAUACCCUUCAGAGGCCAUUGUUAUUCCUUCCUCAGCUCCGUUGUGGACAACUGGGCCCAUGCCUCGGUUGAAUGUCUGAAAAUUGGUGCGUCUCUGGUGAGUAUUCAGGACCCUCAGGAGGGUCUUUUCAUACAACAGAAUCUGGAGCUUCUACAGGACGGUGCCAAGUCCUUCUGGAUUGGCCUGUAUAAGACCCAUGAAGGUAAUUGGAUGUGGAUCGAUAGCAGUGCUGUGGACUAUACCAAUUGGAAAACGGGGAUGCCAAAGUCAGAUUCAUGUGUGGAUAUCCACUCUGACAGUGGAACAUGGAGUACAAGCAGCUGUAGCAGAUACAGGUCUUACAUCUGCAAAACACCCAAAGUUAUUCCACCAACAGAAAAGCCUCCAUCUGUUGCACACGUCGUUGAAAAGGCUUCACAUGGGUCUGCUGGUAUCACUGUGGCUAUAAUACUAGUAGUAAUUGCUGUAGUGGGACUCGGAGCCUUCCUCCUUUUCCGUAAACGGAUACCCAGCCCUGUCUUGGGAGAAUGCACCUUCGACAACAAGUUGUACUUCAACAAUCCAAUCCGAGCCACUGUAGACACCAAGGGCCUGGUGGCCAACAUAGAGCAAAAUGAACAAGCAUAGAAAGACGUGAGAUGAGCAAUAAUCAGUGCUAUGAAAAUUAUAUGAGAUUUUAUCUUGGUUUCUCGACCAAACCCUGUGGUGUUUUUUCCAUUUUACAGCGGACUGGAUCAAAGAUAAUGAUUCAUAAUUAUUAUAUAAUAAUCCAUGCAAUCACUGGCACUGCACUACAGUGACAAGAACAUAAGUGUAACAAAUUUAAUGAUCAUGUGAUUUGUGAAAUGUGUACAGAUUUUUUUACUACCAAUCAACAUAACUAAGAACAUUCCUAACAUCAACGCUUUAAGAAACUAGUUGUGGACCCAUUAAAAAUCAAGACAAAUGAAUUAAAUUAAAUUAGCCAGAGCUUUCUCAACUUUGUUGCUUGUUAUUAUUCUCCAUGGGCUGUUCAACAACUUAUUUUGGCAUACGACAUUGUAAAUAGAUGCAAAAUAAAAGAAAUGAUAUAAAGAAAACUUAGUUGUC